AUGAUCAAGCGGCCGCGACCAGUGAUUUCGUGUCUGGAAUGCAGAAGAAAGAAGCUGAAGUGCGACCGGACACAUCCGUGCCGACAGUGUCUCAAGAUCGGUCGUCCCGGGCGCUGCCAGUAUCAAGACGGGCAAGAGCCGGAGCCCAACGCUGCACAUUUGUCGGCCACAGGGCCCGCCUCUAAACGACGCAGUCUGGACCAGGAGUCAUUGCGAGACACCACUGGCACAGGUGAUGCCAGAGGAACGGGCGACGAAUAUGAUGAGCAUUUUGCCCAACGCCGCGGACAACACAGUGCUUCUCCCUCAGCAGCAGCGGGACGCGCGGUCGGAGUCAUUAAGGACCUUCAACAACGGGUGGCAAAGCUGGAACAAGCGCUCCUAAGCCAGGACCAGCACCAGCUUCAACGCAGCGGAAGUGGACGGUCGAUAGACCCCAAUCAAGUGCCCACGCGGCCAAAUGUCCUUGUCUCGGAUAACUUGAGCAAUGGUGCUGAGGAAGGUGGAAGCUCUUCUUCCCUAAGACCCCGUGCCGGUUCGCAAUUCCCAGAUGCAUGUCUAUUCUUGCAGAGGUUGCAGGACGGCCCAGAGGGUGCGGAGAUGGUCAGUCUACGAAGUGAACUGAAGAGUCUACACGAUGCCAUCGCGACGACGAACCGGAGACGUGAUAAUGACCACCCACGUUCUACACCCGCGGCAUUAUCUCUGCCCAGGGACUCAGCGCAUCAGUUGGCGUCGAUGAGCGUCCAGUUCCCACCAUUCGACGUAUGCGAAAAGCUGGCGGUGCACUACUUCGACAAUCUGGAGCACUGUUUUCGAAUUCUGCACUGGCCCGAGUUCAGGACGCAGCUGGAAAUAUUCUCCACGCCCGGACAGGGUGAUCAAAGCUGCAAGUUUGGCUUCGUUCCUCAGCUGGUAGGCGUGCUUGCCACAGCCUGCACGUUGGGCACACACCCGGAAUGCGAUGCCGGAGCGUCGUACCCGAUCCUUCAACAGCCCAUAGCCCUCAAAUACAUCCAAGAUUUUCUGGCUAGUCUACCAGAUCGACAGCGCUAUUUGUUUCCGACACUGCAGGCCAAGAUGCUGAUGCUGAUGCUACGAUGGAUGUCGGUGGACAAAAUCGACGAUCUGUUCCGGUUGAACGGAGAGAUCCUCCGCGAUGCCCUAGUGAUGAAGCUGGACCAAGAUCCGUCGACGGGAAACAACAACAACACAAGCAUUUUCGAAGGCGAACUCCGCCGCCGCUGCUGGAUGACCAUUGUCGAAUGCGACCUGAUGCUUUGUAUCCUGUGUAAACUACCCUGCAUGGUCCCACCAUAUACGACGCAGCAACCGCGGAACGUCAAUGACGACGAACUUUUCGAGGGCAUGGAUCGUCUUCCUCCUUCUCAUCCUCUGGAAGAAUGGACUGACGGCCUCUGCCAGUAUGUUCUUGCACAAUCGUUCCCCCGUCGUCUGGCCGCUUGCAAGCAGAUGGACAGCAGCAGCGGUCAUGUCAUCGAGUUGAAAGACGUGCUUCUGCACACACGAUACCUUGAACAAGUCCUUCGGGACCUCCCGCCGCCCCUGCGGUUCAGCUAUACGGGCGACCGUGACAGCAAGACGCCUCCUCGCCUCAUGGCCCGCAUGGAGCUCGAUAUUAGUAUCCGACGACCCUUGAUGCAUUUGUAUUCACGAUGUGCUGCUGCUGCCGGGGUGGAUGAUGAUGACUCCUCUGACAACAGCGACAGUCUUAUUCAGCAGACGCAUGAAGCCCGCGCCGGAUUCUUGCGCUCGUGUCUGAUGCUCAUCACUUUUCAAGAUCUGUUUGAUCCUCAAUUCUCCGAAAUCAAUGUUCCCCGACCCAAAGGGUAUUGGGAUUUUUUCCACAAUGUCUACCGUUGCGAGUUGGGUCAGGCUAUCUUGGGACUUUGUCUGGAGAUCAAAAGGUUGAGCUUGAGCUCGGCUGAGGAAGACAGAGACACACCAACCAACUCAUUCACACCAUUGAACAGUACAACCACUGCCGGGGGUACCAGUACUGGCACACAAACACCCCAAUACUCCCGAGAAAGCAUAAUCGACUCUGUCAAAGACAUCCUAGGCCCCAUGAAACGUCGCCUCUUGCAGCAUCAGCAUGAACACCAGGACCAGGAUCAGGGCGCCAAGGCCAACGCCAUCGCAAACGCCAAUGCCAACUUGAACAACUUCAGAGACAUCAUUUACUUGACUGUCGUUCUGACUUCUGUUCUGCCUCUAUCCGCAGAACAAGAACAACAGGAUAUGCAAGUUCCAGAAGUUCAAAUAGGUCCACCACAUACCACUACUGCUGGCACAGCAUCCUCGUCCUUGUCCUUGUCCAGUAUUACUAGUAGGAGGCAGAUGAUGAUCUACCGUGCCCUAAAUGAUUUUGUUCAUGAUUGCAGAGCUGAAAUGGACCCAAGUCCAACUCAACGAUCAGAACGUCCUGGAAAUGACCCUCAUCGGAGUCGGCGGCAGGAGGAAGAAGAAGAAGAGGAGCCUCAGAUCAGUUCACGACGAACCCAGCAGCAGCAACAAAAGCCAACACCGACAGCUGUAAAAUUUGAUCCGACGUGGGCCGAGUUUCCUGAUCUGGAGUUUUUGGAUUGUUCUCCUUCUCCUUCUCCCUCGUCUCUUCCUCUCGUCGUUACUAGUUAG